ACUCUGGCUCAGUUAAAAAGUGGCUUGACUUCCAGUAAUUUAUUUAGUCUCUGUGGAAAUCUCAUAAGGGGAGGUGGAAGAGUUGGGAGAAAUAAAAGCCCAGCCAUCCAGUUAGAGGCAGAGGAGUAAUAAAAGUCACUCAGCCUGAAGUGAGGAGAAAAACACAGGCAAGAGAAAACACUGAACAUGGACUCACAGAUACACAUGACAGGCCCUGUGUGUCUCAUUGAGAACACUAAUGGUGGCCUAGUGGUUAAUCCAGAGGCUUUAAAGAUCCUGUCCGCCAACACACAACCUCUUGUGGUAGUGGCCAUUGUGGGUCUCUACCGCACAGGCAAAUCCUACCUGAUGAACAAGCUGGCUGGGAAGAACAAAGGUUUCUCUCUGGGAUCCACAGUACAGUCUCACACCAAAGGAAUCUGGAUGUGGUGUGUGCCUCAUCCGAAGAAGCCAAACCACAGCUUAGUGCUUCUUGACACUGAGGGCCUGGGAGAUAUAGAGAAGGGUGACAACCAGAAUGACUCCUGGAUCUUUGCCCUGGCAAUUCUUCUGAGCAGCACCUUCGUGUACAACAGCAUGGGGACUAUCAAUCAGCAGGCCAUGGACCAACUGCAUUAUGUGACAGAACUAACAGAUCGAAUAAGAGCAAAAUCUUCACCUGACAGCAGUGAGACUGAUGAUUCUGCUGACUUUGUGAGUUUUUUCCCAGACUUUGUGUGGACACUGAGAGAUUUCUCCCUAGAAUUGGAAGUAGAUGGAGAACCUAUCACAGCAGAUAUGUACCUGGAAAAUUCACUCAAGCUUAAGAAAGGUACCAGCACAAAAGAAAAAAAUUUUAAUCUGCCCCGGAUAUGUAUUCGAAAGUACUUCCCAAAGAAGAAAUGCUUUGUUUUUGACCGGCCCACUCAACGGAAAAAACUAGGCCAGUUGGAGACAAUGUGUGAUGAAGAGCUGGACUCUGAGUUUGUGCAACAAGCUACAGAGUUCUGUUCCUACAUCUUUAGCAGUGCCAAAAUUAAAACGCUUUCCGGAGGCAUUGAGGUCAAUGGACCACGUCUGGAGAGCCUGGUGCUGACCUAUAUCAGUGCCAUCAGCAGUGGGGAUCUGCCCUGCAUGGAGAAUGCUAUCCUAGCCUUGGCCCAGAUUGAGAACUCAGCUGCAGUACGAAAGGCCCUUGACCACUAUGAACAGCAGAUGAGGCAGAACAUGAACCUGCCUACAGAAACCUUCCAGGAGCUGCUAGACCUGCACAGAGUCAGUGAGAAAGAGGCCAUCGAAAUCUUCAUCAAGAGUUCCUUCAAGGAUGUUGACCAGUUAUUUCAAAAGGAAUUAGCGAUUGAGCUAGAAAAGAAGUUGGAUGGCUUCUGUGAACAGAAUAUGAAUGCUUCAUCAGAUCGUUGCUUAGCUUUACUUAAGGAUAUUUUCAAUCCUCUAGAAGAAGAGGUAAAACAAGGAAUUUAUUCUAAGCCAGGAGGAUAUCAACUCCUCCUGCAGAAGAUAAGAGAGUUGAAGAAUAAGUAUCUCCAGGAACCUGGAAAGGGGGUACAGGCUGAAGAAGUUCUUCAGACGUAUCUGAAGUCCAAAGAGUCCGUGAUUGAUGCAAUUUUACAAACAGACCAGACUCUCUCAGAAAAGGAAAAGGAAGUUGAAGUGGAACGUGUGAAAGCUGAAUCUGCACUGGCUGCAACAAAAAUGUUGGAGGAAAUGCAAAGAAAGAAUCAGCAGAUGAUGGAAGAGAAAGAUAGGAGUUAUCAAGAACAUAUGAGACAACUGACUGAGAAGAUGGAGAAUGAGAGACAAAUGAUGAAAGAAGAGCAAAAGAAUAUUAUUGAACUAAAACUUAAGGAGCAGGCCCGACUACUAGACGAAGGAUUCAAAAAGGAGAGCAGACAACUUCAAGAAGAGAUAAAGAAUCUUCAGAAUAACAUGCGUAGACAACCACCACCAAUUUGUGUCAUAAGCUAAAGAUGUAAAAAAGAAAGAAAUAGAGAAAAAAACAAAAUAAAUAGAGCAUUCUUGGCCACUGACACUUAAUAACUAUAAUUAGGUCUUCAUUGUUUUUACUUUUUAUUCUUGAUUUCAAGAUUGUUCUUCAUAACAUGAUUAGAAGAUUAUAGGGAUUCUCGGGCCAGGUGGUGAUGCAUCUGGUUAAGCACACACAUUACAGUGUGUAAGGACCUGGGUUCAAACCUCUGAUCCCCACCUGCAGGGAAAGCUUCACCAGUGGUGAAGUAAGGCUGCAAGUGUGUCUCUAUCUCCCUCUCUCCUCUCAAUUCUCUCUGUCUCUACCCAGUAAAAUAAUAAUAAUAAUAAAACCACCUUACAAAAAACUAAUUUAUU